AUGAAUAUCACCUAUGCACGUAAUAACGGUACUGAUAUAAAAGAGAUCCUCAAAGAAACAAAAUUCCAUGUGUUGAAGGUUUUAUUUGCAGAACAGUUCUGUGUCAUAAGGAGCUUUCAGGUAACAGGAAGUAUACUCAAAGUUGGAUCAAGUACAGUUUCUGGACAAUUACACGUUGUAAGUGGUGUAAAUAAAACUCUGACUUGUGAAACAAGUGUAAGCAGACCAGCAGCUACAAUAGUAUGGUAUAUAGGAACUCAAGAGAGACAAAGAUCACAUUCUAUAGUCUUUAUAUUCAACCCACAAAACAGCGAUCAUAAUAAACAAGUUUACUGUAAAGCGUUUAACACACAACCUGAGAGCCAAGCUGUCAUUUCAUACAAAUCAACACUCUUUGUACAAGAACGGGCAACAGUAAAAUCGUUCUACAUUGGUCAAAAUGAAAGUCAAACAGUAGCUACCUUUGAAGAACACGAUGUGAACAUUCCACUUACUUGUGUUGUUAGUGGCAUGCCUGCCUCCGAAAUUUAUGUUAGUUUCAAGGGGGGUAUUAUUGCAAGAGGGUCUAACACAAAUAAGCUACAAUACAAUUUUGGAAAGAUUGCUUGCGAUAAAAGUGGCGUAUAUAUCUGCAAAGGUUUUGAUAUUUUUGGGACGUUUGCAAGCAGAAUGGUUGAAUUGUUAGUGGAAUGUUCCCCAAGACCAAUACGACAAGUCCUUCACAACAUAACCAGUCAAAUUGGUUCAUCAACAUCACUUACCUUCAAAGUGAUAGCAUAUCCUGAACCGGGACCUAAAGGCUUUAAAUGGUUCAUUGAAGACAGGCUGAAUUGGAUUGCUUUAUUAAGUAACGAAGAUUUUCAAAUUUCAUCAUCUGGUUUGGAGACUAAUUUAACAAUCUCAAACGCAUCUCGGGAGCAUUAUGGAAAAUAUCGUGUGUCUGCUGUAAACAAAAUCGGCUCAUAUGACCAGAUAUUUUUUCUUUCAGAAAAAGAUUCCAGAUCUAACUCGUGCACAAGUACAAUAAAGACAAGUUAUACAAUGUCAAUAGUUCUCGGAGCUGUAUGCGUAGUUGUGGUAGUCUACGCAAUAGGCUUGACCAUUCUGUACAAGAGAAAAAUUCAAAAGAAAG